UUAAAUUUUUAAGACAAGGGAAUGGGAACUCUUGUACCACUAGCCUGUUAACACAAACCUGGCCAAUACCCUGGGUUACCAAAAUUGAUUCCCGGUCUCGACAUACAUCUUCUCCCUCAUUUCUUCGUCAGUUCUCUUCGCCUGUCCGUCUAUUUCGCCCCUCUCUCUCUCACACGUCAUCUCGCCUCUCUCUCUAACAGUCUCUCUCUCCUCUCCAUCUCUCCCUCUCUCCACUCUCAGUCUCUCCUCUCCAUCUUUCCCUCUCUCCACUCUCCAUCUCUGCAUCAUAUUGCUCCAUAGUGAAGGCUCCUUCCAAGUAAUGGCUCAUUUGGGAGUGACACGGAGAAGCAGAGUAUUGUUAAAGCUUCAAGUUAACAUAAUGAUAAUCAAGUUUUUCGUUAUUUUUGUUCCUUGGUAUUUGAUGGGUAUAACACUAUUGAGUGAAUCAUAUUUUCGGAAGAGGACGAGGGAGAGAAUGAUUCAUAGACUAGCUAAUUUAAAUAGCUUGAUAAAAGAUAGUGAUAUUGGAUGUAUAAAUGAACUUCGUAUGAAUAGGUCCACAGUUAAUGUGCUUUGUGAGAUGCUUAGAGAUAUCGGAGAUUUAAGAGAAACUAAAAAGAUGAGCUUAAACGAGACGGUUGCAAUAUUUUUGUACAUUUUAGCUCAUCACCAGAAGAAUAGAACAAGUGGAAAUUAUUUUGUGAGGAGUGGGGAAACCAUAAGUAGACAAUUUAAUCGUUGCCUUCUAGCUGUCUUGAAGUUACAUGUCCAUUUGCUCAAGAAACCUUCACCAAUAACCGAAGGAUGUGCAGAUAGAAGGUGGAAAUAUUUUAAGAAUUGUCUUGGAGCCUUAGAUGGUACUUAUGUGAGUGUUCAAGUGUCUUCUAAAGAUAGGGAAAGGUAUCGUACUAGAAAGGGUCAUCUUGCAAUGAAUGUUUUGGGUGUCUGUUCACCGGAUAUGCAGUUUAUAUAUGUCUUACCUGGAUGGGAGGGUUCAGCACAUGAUGGUCGUGUCCUUCGUGAUGCUAUAUCUAGACCUCAUGGUUUGAGAAUCCCCCAAGGUUGUUACUAUUUGGUUGAUGCCGGUUAUGCUAAUAGUGAUGGAUUUCUCGCUCCAUACAGAGGACAACGUUACCAUCUUAAUGAAUGGAAGGAAGGCCGUGUACCUCGAUCUAGUGAAGAAUAUUUUAACAUGAGACAUUCAAAAGCUAGAAAUGUUGUAUAACGGUGCUUUGGUGUGCUUAAAGAACGUUGGGGAAUCCUUCGGAGUCCUUCUUUUUAUCUGGUUCGCACUCAAGGUAGAAUUGUAAUGGCAUGUUGCUUACUACAUAAUCUUAUUCGAAGAUAUAUGCCAAGUACGAGAAAGACUAAUGAUGAUGAUGAAGAAGAUGAUGAUGAGGAUGAUGAUGAUGAUGAUGAUGAUGAUGAUGAGAUGGAUGAUGAUGAUGAUCUCGAAGAUGAUCCUCAAUAUAUUGAAGUUGUUAGAACAAUUCAGACAUCUCAUUUUUCGACCAACUAUAGAAAUCAACUUGCUUUGGGGAUGUACAAUGAGUGGAGAAAUAGAAGUU